UCUCACUUGGUGCAAAGGGGAAAUAGGCGUGAUAAUCGUUCUGGUUAGCUGAACCACAAGCAGAUGAACAGUCUAAGACUCACCACAGACCGAGAAGUAGAAGAAGAGAAAUGAAGAUCUAAACUGCUUACGCUCUUUUAAUACCGACCCUGAGAUAAUAUGGGUAAAACUAACCUGACUCUGAAGAUCCUCCUCAUCUUCACCCUCUACCUGAUCUCAGGUGGUGGAGCCUCCAGUGAAGUGAGGGGAUAUUCAGGAGGAGGAGUUCUCAUCAAGUGUAAAUAUGAUAGAAGAUACACAUCAAACAAAAAGUACUUCUGUAAGGGUUCACGGCCGAACUGUGCUGACCUGAUAAAGACAGGUGUUAAGAAUAAAUGGGUAAAUAAAGGAAGAUUCUCACUGAUUGAUAAACCCAGCUCUGCAGAGUUCUGGGUGAUGAUCAGAGAACUCAUUGUAAAAGAUUUUGGAACGUACCAGUGUGCAGUUGAUAUAACUUUAUCCACAGACAUCUACACACCAGUGGAACUGAAGAUACAUGAAGAACCAACAGUAAAACCAUCAGCCUCACCAUCAACAAGCUCAAAGCCAGGGACCACAGAAGCCACCACUUCCUCAACAUCUACACCUACAGUAACUUCUGCAUAUAACACAUCACCAGGUCUUUCACCAGAAAAAAACGUUUCACAGUCGUCAACAUCUACCAGUUCCCUCACCACACUCCACACUUCUAAAACCACAUUGUCCUCCUCUUCUCCAACCACAGGAGGAUCUUCAUCCUCCCCCGUGAUCUCUGUCGUGGCCGUGAUUCUGCUUCUGGUUCUGAUUGGACUCUUAUUUUUCAUAGUGGCUCUUCGAAAGAAAAGGAAUCCUCAAGCUACAUCCCCAGACCAGACUCUCAGUGACUCUUCUAACAACCGCCGGGUUUCCCAUACAGUCUACGACUACGAAGAUAUUAAAGCCACGGGACGCCAUCCUACACCAGAUACUGGAGCUUCAACAGUCUACUCUACUGCCCAGCUACCCACAAACCCCUCAGAUCCUUCUCACACUCUCUACGAUAAUGUUCAAUUACGCACCGGCCUGGGAGAUUUUUCAAAUCCUAUUUAUUCUACGGCUCAGGACCCUCAACUUCCCACAAGCCCCUCUGAUUCCUCAGUAAGUGACCCUCAGCAUAAAUCUGUACAACCCGCUGAAGAUCCAGCUUACGCCAUGGUGAAAUUCACCAAAAAUGAUGCUGUUACCAUAGCAACCGUCAACAAGGAAGAGGAAGACUCGUGUGACUACACCACUGUCAAGUAA